AUGUCCUCGGGUACCGCCUCCUUGAAGUGCAGCCAUUCAAACUGUAGCUUCGAGACAAACGACCAUGAAGCCCUUGCCGCGCAUCUCCAGGAAUCAAGCACAGACGGUACUCGAUGGGUUUGCCAGGGACCUAAGUGCAAUGCCAAGUUUUGCUGUACGCAAGCGAUGGAUUGUAAGGGCGGGCACAACUACACAUGUAACAAGUUCGUCCCGUGGGCAACAUCGCGCAAAUACGGACGCAAGAUGCCCGUGAACUCCAGACUCGAGGUGAUGUCCCGAAKGUCGGCGGCUCAGAUUGCUGGAACCGCACCUAGUGGUCCUCCAAAGGGGUUCUCGAGACGUAAGGUACCCGGCAAGCGUAAGGCUGUCAAACAGAACAAGAAACAACACGAGGAACAGGCCGAUAAAAAGGACGAGGACGAGGAAGRGGGAGACGAGGGUAGCGAAGACAAGGAAGACUUUGAGUUGGACAAUCUUGCGUCCGAUGAGUCUCAAGACGAUGACGAGUCCGAUAGCGACAACAGCGACUUCGAGGUCAAGGCGCGCGCACGUUGGUAUCGCAAGCCUCGCGCUCCCACUCAGCUAAGCUCGUCUCGGAAGCGCAAGGCUACGGGAAAGGAUGGCAUUGAAGACAAUGCGUAUGAGCCGCCAAUGAAGCGUGUCACUCGAUCUCGCAACUUGCAAGUACUCACGACAGGAAGCUCCCCCGACAACUCUGACCGUGCCACGGGCGACUGGCCCACUACCAAGUCACUCACCAUUGCAAAGAAAGCGAAGAUCCCGUUGCGUCUGGACAGCACGACUAAGGCACCCAAAGGAGGUUCCAACACGAAGCCUCGCAUGCUCCAAGCGACUUUGAAGUCUAGCUCAACUCGAGCAUCCAACACAGCACGAAAGCAACGCGAGGUCCUUCCGCACUCUAUUCCAACGGCCGCACAAGAAGGAGAGGAGGAGGAAGGGGCCGAGAAAGAAGGCGUCUGGCAUUACGAUCAAGUGGACGACGACAAUGCGAACAUGCUUGGCGCAAUCUCGCAAGCUAAACCCGCCAAGAUCACUCGUGCCUCCAGCGCAGACAUGGAGGCUGAAGCGUACAUCAAGCCGCACCACUACGGCUGUACGCAGUGCCUUUCACAUCACGCCACCAUCCAAGAUGCGCAGGCUCAUGCAGCGCAGUCCAACCGCGACAUGGAACGCUGGGAGUGCAUGGGCUGCUCCGCGCCAUUCUGCGGCUCUGUCAAGGAGUUCCUGUCCCUACACUUCGAGGUCUGCGGUCUGCUAAAGGACCACAUGAAUCGCAAUAACAUUCCAUGGUCGCGUCACUCUGACCCUGAGUUUCUCGCAAUGGCGAAUCAGUCAGAGAAGCGUCGCAGCUGGCCAGCUCGUAACAGUAUUCGCACGGACACGAUCCAUACGACUGGAGACAAGACAAAGUUCGCGUGGGCGACUGUUUCACGGGACUGGAGUGCUCAGGUCCUGAAGCAUACGAGCAAUAUAUUCUGGGACGGGCACAGCUGGGUCAACGUCAAUCACGCCGAGGAGGAUGAGACUACGCAUGAAGACAACCACCUUGUUGCCAUGACACCUCGCGCUAUGCCCAACGCCAUCUCCGAAGCCACUACAUCUGAGAACGGAAGCGGCACUAGUAACGACAGCCAAGCUGGUACUAUUGCAGGCGAUGCGAAUGGUGAGACAAUGGUUCCCGGUGCCAACGACGCCGAAUUCUGGGCUGCGGCGGAGGGGUUUCUUGAAGAUGGCGAGGAGCAGCUAUGGGCUCACAUGUUUGGCGGAGACCAGAUCGAGGCUACGGGAGAGGAGGCCUCUGAAGACCAAGGGGGUCAGACGUGGACUCCGAUGCCCCGCGGUAUGUUUGAUGAGUUUGAUUGA